GCGGAGCCGGCGAGCAGUGCGUAGUCGAGACCCGGCCAGCAGCCGCUCCGCCUCCCAGCCGGCAGGGCCCCGACGGCCGCGCCGCGGACUCUCCCUGUGCCCGAAGACAGGUGCAUGGCGCCCCGGGAAGCGCUCUGAGAGCGGGGCUCGGCGCCGCGGGCGGCACGAUGGCCCUCGAACAGGCGCUGCAAGCGGCGCGACAGGGCGAGCUGGACGUGCUGAAGUCCCUGCACUCCGCUGGCCUGCUGGGGCCCUCGCUGCGCGACCCGCUGGACGCGCUGCCGGUGCACCAUGCGGCCCGCGCCGGCAAGCUGCACUGUCUGCGCUUCCUGGUGGAGGAGGCCGCCCUGCCAGCCGCGGCCCGUGCGCGGAAUGGCGCCACGCCGGCCCACGACGCCGCCGCCACCGGCCACCUCUCCUGCCUGCAGUGGCUGCUCUCGCAGGGCGGCUGCAGAGUGCAGGUGGGUCUGAGCUGCUCUCUGGCCCCCCUGGGGUUUCCUCCCCAGGAGAGUUCUCCUCGAUGGGUGCUUCCUGUCCGCAGGGGAGUGAAUGCCCAAACCAAGAACGGUGCCACGCCCCUGUACCUGGCCUGCCAGGAGGGCCACCUGGAGGUGACGCAGUAUCUGGUGCAGGAGUGCGGGGCCGACCCGCACAUAAGCGCCCACGACGGCAUGACCCCGCUGCACGCCGCGGCACAGAUGGGCCACAGCCCGGUCAUCGUGUGGCUGGUGAGCUGCACUGACGUGAGCCUGUCGGAGCAGGACAAGGACGGCGCCACGGCCAUGCACUUUGCGGCGAGCCGCGGCCACGCCAAAGUGCUCAGCUGGCUCCUGCUACACGGCGGCGAGAUUUCGGCUGACCUCUGGGGCGGGACCCCGCUGCAUGACGCCGCGGAGAACGGAGAGCUAGAGUGCUGCCAGAUCCUGGUAGUGAAUGGCGCGGAGCUGGACGUCCGCGACCGCGAUGGGUACACGGCCGCUGACCUCUCGGACUACAAUGGCCACAGCCACUGCACCCGCUACCUGCGCACCGUGGAGAACCUGAGCGUGGAGCACCGCGUGCUGUCCCGGGACCCAUCCGCUGAACUGGAGACCAAGCAGCCUGACUCAGGCAUGUCCUCGCCCAAUACCACCAUGUCGGUCCAGCCGCUUAACUUUGACCUCAGCUCACCCACCAGCACCCUCUCCAACUACGACUCCUGCUCCUCCAGCCAGUCCAGUAUCAAGGGUCGGCACCCCCCAUGUGGGCUUCCCAGCGCCACAGCUGCAGACAUCCAGAGCUACAUGGACAUGCUGAGCCCAGAGCUGAGCCUGGCCCAAGGCAAGCUGGAGAAAACCACGCAGCCACCACCGCCACCCAGAUUCCCUCCACCACCCCCACCCCCGGGCACCCAGCUGCCCCCGCCCCCGCCCGGCUACCCAGCUCCCAAGCCCCCUGUGGGGCUUCACGCAGCUGACAUCUACAUGCAGACCAAGAGCAAACUCCGCCAUGUGGAGACUCCGGCAUCCAAGAAGGAGCUGAGCUCCCACGACGGCCACAACGGGCUGCGGAGACAGGACUCUAGCCGCAAGCCCCGCGCCUUCAGCAAGCAGCCCAGCACGGGGGACUACUACCGCCAGCUGGGCCGCUGUCCGGGGGAGCCGCUGGCCGCUCGCCCGGGCAUGGCGCACAGUGAGGAGGUGCGUGCCCGCCAGCCCGCACCCAUCGGCCGCCCUGGACCCGGCCGGGCCUCCUGCUUCUCACUCGCUGGCUCCUCCGCUCCCCCGCAGGCGGCGCUGCUCCCCGGGAACCACGUGCACAACGGCUGCACCGCGGACCCUAAGGCAUCCAGGGAGCUGCCCCCACCGCCCCCGCCGCCGCCUCCCUUGCCCGAGGGCCUGAGCUCGCCGCCUCCUGCUCCGCCUUUGCCCUUCGAGGGCGCCGGCCCUGGCUGCGGGCAGCGUCGCUCCUCCUCCUCCACUGGCAGCACCAAGUCUUUCAACAUGAUGUCUCCGACGGGUGACAACUCAGAGCUACUGGCUGAGAUUAAGGCGGGCAAGAGUCUGAAGCCGACGCCGCAGAGCAAAGGUCUGACCACGGUGUUCUCCGGAAGCGGGCAGCCGGCCACUCAGCCUGACUCACCACUGCCGCCAGCGUCGCCCGCACCGUCACGAGCCCGGAGCCCCACUCCGCCGGCUGCGGGACCCCAGCCACUGCUCAACGGCAGCUUGGCGCCAGCGCCUCCUGCCACCCCUGCGCCGGGCGUGCAGCUCGACGUCGAGGCGCUCGUCCCUACGCACGACGAGCAGGGCCGGCCCAUCCCCGAAUGGAAGCGCCAGGUGAUGGUUCGCAAGCUGCAGCUGAAGAUGCAAGAGGAGGAGGAGCAGAGGCGGAAGGAGGAGGAAGAGGAGGCCAGGCUGGCCAGCAUGCCUGCCUGGAGGCGGGACCUCCUGAGGAAGAAGCUAGGAGAGGAGAGGGAGCAAAAGCGGAAAGAGGAGGAACGACAGAAGCAGGAGGAGAUGCAGCGGGAAAAAGAACAGUCGGAGAAGCUGCGGACGCUGGGCUACGACGAGACCAAGCUGGCGCCCUGGCAGCGACAGAUCAUCCUGAAGAAGGGGGACAUCGCUAAGUACUAGAUGCCGCUUUCCUGCUCGCAUCUUCUAGAGUUCUGGCGGGGGCGGGGGAAAGCAGGCCCCCGCCCCGGCCUGCCCGGCCCAGACGGAAGGGCUGGGAGCCACACCGCCCUCCCCUCCCGCGCUGGAACCCCACCCUGACCCUCACCCCGGCCCUCGCAUUCCCAGCCCGGGACGACGCUGGAGCGCGCCCACCGCCGCUGCGGUGGCCCAGAAAAAGUGCCCAAGUCGUUGACGUAAAAGAUGCUGCUUAUUUGCAUGCCUAUUUACAUAUAUUUGCAUGUUCGUUCAAUGUCAGCGUGUGCAGAGCUUUUCCCAGCCCCGUGGGUGGUGACUUUGUUUUCCCUAGGGGUGCGCGCCUGGCUUUAGCUCCCUCCCCCGCACCCCGGAACCCGCGUCGCUGGCGCAUCCUGGGCGGAGGCAGGCCCCGCGUUCCGCUCGGGGAAGGGGUUUUCCUCCCUCCCUGACCCAGAUAUGCGCUCGGGCCUCAUUUCCCAUCCCUGCCGAGGGCUUCCUCUCAGUCAUUUGUUUACCAGAAACGAUGAAAACUGCAAAUUGCCCGUCGGGACGGAGUUGCCGCUCCCGGGGCUCCACCUCUGCCCCCACCUUCCUCCGGUGAAGUCUGCGCGCCGUCCCAAGCCAGGCCCCGAGCUCCCUGGACCCUUUCACUGCUGUGGUGGAGUGAGUGGAGGACGAGGGGCCCUGAACCUGUCUCCGACCUCUGCCUCCCUGGUCCCCGCUGUCUCGCACCCCCAUUAAAGCUCUUCUCCGCCG